AUGAAGUACUUAGUGUUAAUUAGUGUUAUUUUUUUGUUGUCCGACGUGAGGACCGAGACUCCUCAGCCGGGCGGCGGCAUCCAGAUUUUGACGAAAGUUUUUCGGCAGUAUCUGAAGAGCCAGCCGGACGAUCUGAAAUUGGGCGACGGUGUUCAUAUUGUUAAUACGAGAAGUGAGAACGAUGCUAGGGCUAACGUGGACGACGGUACCAUUUUGGGUGUGGUCGAGAAUUAUUUGGAGAACCACGAGCUCAGGAUUCGGCUGCCGGAAUUGAUGCCGGGCGAAGGAUUCGGAAGAGCUUUUAAAAUGGCGAUGGACGAGAUGGACAACAAACAGGAUGAAAAAGUAAAAUAUGUACACGUUAAUCAUAAAUGUGAGAUAUUUGGAUAA